AGGAAAAAGGCAAAGAGGGAGUGUGAGAAUUCGGCGUUUCGUCGUUCAUGGGGAAGCGAUUGUAUAUAGUGCAUGUAUAUUUGUAUGUACAUUUAUCGUUUCUGACUUUUCACCAUGCGAAAUUGAAGUAGAUGUCAACAAACUUAUUUAUACGGUUGUUUUUAACAUUUGAUGUAUGCAUGGGGAACGAAUUGAAAAUUUAGAGCCAUAACAAUAUAGCCAUACAAUCCGUUGCAAAAAAAUCUACAUUUUACACAUAAUUCGACAUUGGCGUGUUCACAAACGAGUAGGACACGACGGACAUCCUGUCAUCUACAUCCAGCACGUCGAAAGUAUUUCUCUUAUCUAUCUCUCUUCCCAGAUCCAGUAAUGGCACAGCUAUUGUUUCUGAUAAUUCUGUAUGCUCUUCCAUCUCUUGUUGUGGCCAUACAUAAUUCAACAACUGGAGGCUGUGGCAUCAUCCGCCCUCCCAGAGAUGGAGGCAUCCGCUACAGAGGCCUGACACAAGAACAGAUCCGCAAUGUUCAAAUCCUACCAGUGGACUAUGAGAUUGAAUACAUCUGCCGAGGGAGCCGGGUCAUAGUGGGCCCGAAGGUCAGGAAGUGCCUUCCAAAUGGCACAUGGACUGAAAUCACACAACACAGCAGAUGUUUGCUGCUGUGCCCUCGUGUCUCGACCUCUCUGGAGAACGGCAGAGUGGCCCUGAAGCCCCCAGGGCCCCCAGUGGAGGGAACGGUGUUACACUACAGCUGCCACGCUGGUUUCAUUCUGGAGGGCAGGAACAUAACACACUGCACCAAGAUGGGCAAGUGGGACUCUCCCAAACCUGUCUGCCUCUAUGACAGAAACUACAAAGGCAAAAAGAAACUUUACAUCGGAGCUCUGUUCCCUAUGAGCGGCGGCUGGCCGGGCGGCCAAGCGUGUCUUCCCUCUGCGCAGAUGGCUUUGGAUUUGGUGAACAACCGGACGGAUAUUCUUCCGGACUACGAACUGGAACUGAUAUACUAUGACAGUAUGUGUGACCCGGGGGAGUCCACCAAGUUGCUGUAUGACCUGCUGUACACGGAGCCCAUCAAGACGGUGCUUAUGCCUGGCUGCAGCUCCGUCUCCACCCUGGUGGCCGAGGCCGCUCGCAUGUGGAACCUCAUAGUGUUAUCCUAUGGCUCCAGCUCUCCAGCCCUGUCCAACAGGGACCGGUUCCCCACCUUCUUCCGCACCCACCCUUCGGCCACCCUCCACAACCCCACCAGGGUGCGCCUAUUCCAGAAGUGGAAGUGGACCAAGAUCGCCACCAUCCAGCAGACCACGGAGGUCUUCACUUCGACUCUGGAUGAUUUGGAGCAGAGGGUGAAGGAGGCUGGAAUUGAGAUCAGUGUGAGACAGAGCUUCCUCACCGACCCGGCUGUCGCUGUCAAAAACCUCAAGCGUCAGGAUGCCAGAAUCAUUGUGGGUCUCUUCUACGAGACGGAAGCCAGGAAAGUGUUUUGUGAGGUGUUCAAGGAGAAGUUGUAUGGAAAGAAGUAUGUGUGGUUUCUGAUUGGCUGGUAUGCCGACAACUGGUUCAAGAUCAAGGACCCAUCAAUCAACUGCACCAUUGAGAACAUGACAGAGGCAGUGGAGGGCCACGUCACCACAGAGAUCGUCAUGCUCAACCCAGAGACAGUUCGUGGAGCCUCCAACCUGACCUCUCAGGAGUUCCUCGGGGCACUGAUGACCAGAUUAGGGGGUAAGAACCCUGAGGAGACCGGGGGAUUCCAGGAGGCUCCGCUGGCCUACGAUGCCAUUUGGGCUUUGGCCUUAGCCCUGAACAAGACUGUGGCCCCUCUGAAAGCCAAGGGCCACCGGCUGGAAGACUUCAACUACAACAACCAUGACAUCACCGCAGAGAUCUACCGUGCCCUCAACACCAGCUCGUUUGAAGGCGUGUCUGGUCAUGUGGUGUUUGAUGCCCAAGGGUCCAGGAUGGCUAUGACCCUUAUAGAACAACUGCAAGGUGGCAGUUAUAAGAAGAUUGGAUACUACGACAGCUCUCAAAAGAAUCUCUCCUGGUUCGGCAACGAUGUCUGGAUAGGAGCGGGGCCCCCAGCGGACUCAACCAUAGUUAUUGAGGAGUUUAGGUACGUCUCACAGAAGCUGUUUGCUGCCGUGUCUGUGUUUGCUGGUCUCGGUAUCCUGCUGGGCAUCGUCUGUCUGACCUUCAACAUCUACAACAGCAAUGUCCGGUACAUCCAGAACUCCCAACCCUAUCUGAACAACAUGACAGCGGUGGGCUGUAUGAUGGCCCUGGCUGCUGUGUUUCCCUUGGGGAUUGAUGGCCACCACAUCCACAGGUCCCAGUUCACUGUAGUAUGUCAGUUCCGUCUCUGGCUGCUAGGACUGGGUUUCAGCCUGGCCUAUGGCAGCAUGUUCACCAAGAUAUGGUGGGUCCACAAUCUCUUCACAAAGAAAGAGGAGAAGAAGGAGAAGAGGAAGCACUUGGAGCCAUGGAAGCUCUAUGCGACAGUAGGAGUGUUACUGGCCAUAGACGUCCUGUCACUCAUUGUCUGGCAGAUCGUGGAUCCUCUGCACAUCACAGUGGAGAAGUUCACAAAGGAGGCCCCUAAGGGAGAUUUGGACGUCCUGAUUCAGCCCCUCCUGGAACACUGCACGUCAGAGAAGAUGAACACGUGGCUCGGUGUGGUGUACGGCUACAAGGGCCUGCUGCUGUUGCUGGGGAUAUUUCUGGCCUAUGAGACCAAGUCUGUUUCCACAGAGAAGAUCAAUGACCAUCGAGCUGUGGGGAUGGCUAUUUACAACGUGGCUGUGUUAUGCAUGAUCACGGCUCCAGUCACCAUGAUCCUCAGCUCCCAGCAGGAUGCAUCCUUUGCCUUUGCUGCCCUGGCCAUAGUGUUCUCAGUCUACAUCACCCUGGUGGUUCUCUUUGUGCCCAAGAUGCGGCGGCUGAUUACGCGUGGCGAAUGGCAGUCGGAGCAGCAGGACACUCUAAAGACAGGUUCAUCCACCAACAACAACGAUGAGGAGAAAUCCCGCCAGCUGGAAAGGGAGAACCGCGAGCUGCAGAAGAUCAUACAGGAGAAGGAGCAGAGGGUAUCAGAGCUCCGCCACCAGCUGGUGGAGAGACAAGCCCUGCGUAACCGCCGGACGCCCUCAUCCGUCACCAACCAGAACCACAGCAAUCCGUCCCCGCCCUCCUCCCAGGCGGACCCCACGUCCCUACUGCCCCCUCCCGGGUACCCAAACCCUGCCUUGGACAAUCACUCCCCCUUCACCAACUCCUCCAACCUGUACCAGGCGGACAGCAAGAUGAGCCGUAACCACUGCCACAACAGCCAGAUUCCCCUGCUGUAUAAGUGAAGGGGCAGUCUGGAGGAGCACUGAGCACACAGAGGUAGAGGACACACAUGGACCUACUGUGAGUUUCACUGUUUUCCGGGAAGAUAAGCACAUGAGACUGACGUUGGCGGAGCGGGUGGAGGUGCGCAGCGGUGGACAGACACCCAGGUAACACCAGUUUAUCUCACAGUCUAGCUCACUGUGUCAAUCUAGAGCACCUGUGAGUAGUAGUAGGAGUUCUACAAUAAGAAGCACAUCCCAGAGGACCUCUUUGUCUAAUUUUCUUGUAAAGACUAUGGAUGGACAGAUCUCUUUCCACUCCUCUUUGUUUGUUAGAGUCUUAAGACGUAUUGAGGAUGUCAGAGGACCUUGUGUACUUUGUGUGUUUGCUACUUUUGACUCGCGGCCUCUUUGUCUUGUUUUUUUUUUAUAGAGAAGCACAUGGUAAUUGAUUAAUAGUGUUAUUACAUAAUGUAAUAUGUUAUGUCAUGGAUUCAAUGUUGUGCACCAUAAAUUACUUGAAUAUGUUUGGGGGUCAAAUGCAAUGGGAGAGGCAAAAAACACCUGUGUUUUCCAGUGGAUUCAAUACAGUGGAUUUCAACUCAAAAGGUCAUAUAAAGUCAGUGAAAAGUAAUUGUAAAUGAACAUGAAAUGCCAACAUUAUCCAUUCGGAAGAGGGCCUAGGAAUGGACACCCCUGCUUUUGGGACAUGGUUUUUGUGGAUGUUUUGCUGUAUACAUAUUCAGGUACAGUUGUGUAUCUUCAAUCCAGUUUUUGCUGUUGUAUGCUCUUCAAUAUAUAUGAAACCCAUUUGAUAAGAAAAUAGUGUAAUACCAUAUCUAACCUAGUAAUGGUUUUAUUUUAGCAUAAUUUUAACGUUUUCAACUGGUCUUGUACGGAUAAUUACCACACUUUUAAUUGUAUUCAACAAAUAAUAGAUUCUCGCAGGAAGCCCAUCCUCCUGAAGAUGUAUUUAUUAUUCUUCCAAGCUGUUUCAUUUAUUUUUUAUGACUGUUCUGUUUGUCAAUAGCUCUGUUUUCCUCUAAAGACAGUCUGGAUAUAAAUGUAACCAUGACAGUACAUGCCUGCCACCUGUUGGUCUUAACUUUUUCAUUUCUUUCAACUUCUCCCUCCGGUUUUAGUUUGAUACAACUUCAUUGUAAACGUGAUGAUGGAGGACACGUUAAGGGUUGUGACAUGCUUACGCAACAGUUAAUCUUUAUGUACAAUUUCAUUCAUUAGCAACUCGUCAAAAUGUAUAAAGCAAUGAAAUAACACAGCUUUAUUGGUAAGUAACGUAGGACCCUGAUGUUACUCUGCCAAUUGGCGGUAUCUAAUGAUGCACUUUAGUUCAAGACAGAAACACAUUUAAAAUCCAGAUUUUGUUGCUGUUUUAAUAACUUACUAAAGCUCAGGUUAUGGAAAAGUGAGACAUACAAACUACAGUUCAUUGCAAGUUGUAUGAACAAGUCAAUAUUAAGUGUACAUGGAUCGGAGAGUGUAAUUUUUGCGAGGAUUGUUUAAACAUAUAUAUACUCUUGCACAUGUAUGAAUAUAUGAACUGGAUUUGAAGAUAUUUGUAUUCACUAUAUUUAAAAUUUUAAAUGUUGAUAUAUUUCAGAUGAAAUGUAUGCAAAUAUAUGGAUAUCAUAGUAAAAAUAAACCCAUUGUUUUUCACUGAAUUAAUGUGUUCCAUAUAAUGUUCAGUUGUACUAUGCAUGACAAUGAUAUCAUGUAAACACCCUUAUAUAUGCUGAAAUAGGUCAAAACACUGAAAGGGGAUAUUUUAUAAUGGAUCCUAUUUAUGUUGUGUAAUACAUUCAUGUCGCACAGGUGUUUUGGGAGUUUUUAUUGACUAGACGUCUCUAUCAGUUCACAUCCAUGAGAUUCUCUUUUUUCAUUAAUCUACAGUACAAACAUUUUGAACUAAAAACCUCCCAAGACUGACUCCAGGCUUCAUGCACAUAUGCCACUCUCUGAGACCAAGGUUGAAUUCCAGGUGUGCUGAGGUGCUACAUUUGUGAAUAGGCCAAGCAGUUAUGUUGAAACAGGUUUUGUAAGAAGACAUGUGCUAGGACAUUCCUGUGAUGCAAUCUGAUCUCAUCAAUGAAAGUCACACAUGAUAACAACCUACAGUAACCUGAAGCCUAGAUUCAGUGCUGUGUUUUUUACACCAUAUCAUUCUGUUCGCUUGACUUCUCAACUUGACAAAACAAUUGCCUUGUACCAGCAGAUUCUUUAGAGAAUCAAUCCAGACAGACAACCCAGACGGAGUUGUGUACAUCAGAAGAUUUUGGCCAACAAUCUACACAAACCUAUACAGUAACGUCCAUGAGAAAGAAAAAAUGUGUUUGAAUAUUUACAAAUGUACUUAUACAUAAUUAUAUGUACCUAUACUUCUUACCGAUUUGAAUAAGAAAACAAUUGAGAGAAAGUAUUUUACCAAACAUAAGAUUGGUAAAAUAACCACACCAACAGGAUGUCUUGAUACUUUUACCCAAACAUGGAUAUCAGCUUUCAAAUAAUUUUCAUACUUUAAAAAUGUAUGUUUGUUCAAAGUUUGCUGUACCAAAGAACCGGCUAAAACUUACUUUGAAAUCAUAAAUGCAAGCCCCAGUAACUUUACUUGUAAAGUUCAAAUCUAGUGCCAGUAUAAAUGUAUUGAUAUGUACUGUCUCCACUGACUCAAAUACUUAGAAAUACUUUUGGUUGUAAUGACAUCUGGCUAUAUGGAAAACACCAGGUUUAAGUCAAGCUCUGUCUUUAAGUCAGGCUCUGUAUUUAAGUCAGGCUCUGUAUUUAAGUCAGAACUGUAAGCUGGCCUCUCAGAAGAUCCACUGUAUUCUUGGUAAGCAACUCCAAUGUAGAUUAGUGUUGUUAUUAUUCUUCUGAGAUAUACAAUCAUUUCCCAGGGUCUGAUGUAAAGUAGACUGAAGCAUUUUGCCUGGGAUUAUCUGCAUCCUAUUUCUUUUUAUCAUAAAAUCUCCUGAUUUACCAAUGUGAAGCAGACCCAUUCUGUGAUGCCACCACUACCAUGUUUGAAAAUAAAGACGUUGUUAAAACAUU